UCACAACCGCAUCAGUAUUCCAGAUCUAAAACAAACCUCUAAUUAACAACAUAAACAUGUUCAAGUUCCUGCUCUUAGUCGCACUCGUACCAGUUGUAAUGUUACAGAACGCCGACAAUCUUCCGCAUCAAAAGUGGAGUGCGGCUACAGUGAGGAAGUGCAAAGCUGGCCAACCAUUACCACACGCUGUCCGGAUCGAAAAUUGCCCAGGAGAUGUUUGCGAGUUAGGCCGAGGAACCUCAGCCAAUAUGGCUAUGGACUUCACCGCGAACCAAGAAUGCACCUCUCUGAAGUCUAAAGCUACGGCCUAUCUACUUGGGCUGCCGGUGCCAUAUGAACUGCCGGCCGAUAUUGCCAACGCUUGCACCUGGUUGGAUGGAACGCGUUGUCCAGUCAGCGAGGGUGAGGAUAGCACAUACGUUCUAAAAUUCCCGAUGGGAGAUUACCCGGCCAUCAGUCUCGAGGUGGAGUUCGAUGUUGUAAACCAAAACGGAAAGUCACAGGGUUGUUUCGGGAUCAAGGUUCAGGUAGUCUAAACUCUGCAGCGAUUCACAGAUGAUAAACGGAAAAAUCACGCAUAAUCACAACUGACCAGUCCAAACGAUAACUCUAGAGAUAAAUUAGGAUAAAUUAUAAUAUUAAAAUAAUAAAA